AUGGCUAAUAUCUCACCUGAAGUCCGUAAUUAUUUCAAACUAGAUCUUCUACUACGACGUUUACCAGAUCCAGUUCGUGAACUAUUUAAAAAUCGCUAUUCUCAAUAUAACGGAGGUCAAUUGUGGGAUAGCACAUCCGUGUGUGGAACAAAUUUUUUUGAUAAUGUCAUCAAAAAAAGUAAAGACAUAAGCUUAACGAAAACACAAAAAGCAUCGAUAGAUGUUUUUCUCAAUGAAAUUCGUAAACGAUUGCAAGAAGUGAUUCGUACGUACGAAAGAGCUUCUAUCGAUAGGUCUGAUGAAGUCGAAGAGAUCGAUGCACAAAAUCAGAAAGCGUUGGCUUUUAUUGAAUCAGUGAAUGGAUUCUACAUCAAAAUACUCGAUAGAUGUUUGCAACCGAUACAACGUGGAAUGAUUGAAUUAUUUCCACAGCUGUGUGAUCUUGAAAAUAUCGUUGCUCACGACGAAAACCUUCAAGCUCGUUUAUCACUCAGUCGAACAAGCAUUACUACUUUGCAUCUACAAAUUCCGUUUCUUGAAGCAUUUAUUGACCAGAUCGAAUAUACGUGUAAAAGUAACAAGUGGCAUACACGUCGCUCAGCUCUUGAAUUUGCUCAGUAUUUGAUCUUCAAUAAUCUAUUCAAUGCUCGAUCCUUUGCAGCACGCAUUCGUAACCUUGUGUUUCAACAUCUCUCCGAUGAACAGCUCGAAGUGCGAUCAGUUGCUUCGAUUACUCUCGCAGGUUUUUACCAGUGCAGUUUGAUUCCAAUCACCAAAAAAGAUAGAGAAUAUUUUCAUCGGAUGAGUAAAACGAACUAUCUGACUAAAGUUGACGGUGAAAAAAUCACAUCAACACAGAACAUCAUCAAGCGACAUGGUGGUGUUCUCGGUCUAUGUGCUAUGGUUCUUUCAAGUCCGUAUGAUAUUCCUGAGCAUGUUCCGGAUGCUCUAAUGGAUUUGUGUGAGCACUUACACGACCCAAUUCUUAUCCGAGAAUCAGUGAAAUAUGCUCUAUCGGAAUUUCGUCGUACACAUCAUAAUUCCUGGCACGAACAUCGCGCGAAAUUCACUGAAGAUCAGCUUAUCAUUCUCACUGACGUUCUCAUUUCCCCCAGUUACUAUGCUUGA